AUGGGCAUCGCUUUGGAUGGCCUCUACUUUUCUCUCCAUCCCAAUCAGUGGGGCAUGCUAAUUAAAUGGAAACUACGACAAUUCUCUCUACACGCCAGGCACGAGUCGCAACAGUCUGCAACAGCCAAGGUCUGUUUUGAAUUCUUGGACCAGACAAGCCGCAGCUUCAGCCCCGUUAUCAAAGAGCUCCACCGAGAGCUGCGCAUGCCAGUGUGCGUGUUCUAUCUGAUAUUGCGUGGCCUCGAUACGAUUGAAGACGACACAUCGAUUCCUCUUGAUGUGAAACAAUCACUCCUUCGAAGCUUCAAGGACAAUCUUGACGAUUAUGACUGGAAUUUCACGGGAAAUCGACCUGAAGAAAAGGAUCGCGAGCUCCUGGUGCAGUUUCACAAUGUCAUCGCUGAGUUCUGGAAGCUAGAACAGACCUACCAAGCUAUCAUCAAAGACAUAACUCAAAGAAUGGGUACUGGUAUGGCUGAUUUUGCAGGAAAGGCCGCUCUAGGGUAUGGAAAAGUGACUUCAGUGGAAGAAUAUGAUCUCUAUUGCUGGCAUGUAGCCGGGAUCGUUGGCGAGGGCUUGACUCAUCUCUUUGUUGAGGCGGGAAUGGGCGACAAAAAUCUGAUAAACCAGCCCCUGUACAGAUCAAUGGGUCUCCUCUUGCAAAAAAAUAACAUCAUUCGCGAUGUUCGUGAGGAUUUUGAUGACGAUCGCCAGUUCUGGCCCAGAGAAAUCUGGUCUAAACACAUCGACAAUUUCGAAGACCUCUUCGACCCAAAGUUUCUCAAAAGUGCCCUUAAUUGCAGUUCCGAGAUGGUUCUGAAUGCCAUAGAACAUUGCCGUGAUUGCUUGUCAUAUCUCGCGGGCUUGAAUGAGCAGAGUGUGUUCAAUUUCUGCGCGAUUCCUCAAACAAUGGCCUUGGCUACACUUGAGUUAUGUUUCCACAAUCCGGCAAUAUUUCAACAAAACGUCAAACUCACAAAGAGGGAUGCGUUGGAUUUGAUGAUUCAUUCUAGUCGGGACAUUGAGGGUGUGGCAAACAUCUUCUGUCAUUACGUUCGUCGAAUCCAACAGAAAAAUGACAAGGAGGAUCCCAACUAUGUGAGAAUUAAGGUGGAAUGUGAAGAGAUCGAGAAACUUGCAAAUACUCUAGUGUCAAAAAGUAGUAUUGAGCUUGCUGGGGAAAAGACGAGUGACAUUGGACAUCGGGCUAGGCCGCAUCCUGAACAAAUGCUUGUCUCUUGCCAGUGGGCAAUAGCCUUAAUCUUCUUCGCCCUGGGGAUGCUGUGGCUUAUAGUCCGCGGAGAUUCUUCUUGA